UAAUGAUUGACACUGUAACUGCAACGCAGCUUGCUAAUGGUGUUGCAUGUAAUGGAGUUUCAGAUCAGAUGGGGUUGAGGCAACAUAAAAAGGCAUUGCUUGAACUCUUAGAUAAAGUGGAAGAUGUUAUUUCUAUUGAAGAUUCAGUGUCUAGAGAUGUGGAGGAAUCUCCAUUUCAAGUUGAAGAUAAAAAAGGCAAAAGAAUGCCUGUCAGUUUGGAUAACACAGUGAAAAGAGCAGAGACAGCUCUAACAGAAACGGUUACUCGGAAAUCUUCCUAUUGUAGUUUUCUUGUAUUGGAGGUAUCUGAGAAGAGUGGAGAUGCUGAUUCAUCAUGUGAUCAAUGCCUGUUUAAGGUUAUUUGGUUACGAAAUGAGCAAAGUGGAGAAGAGAGCUCUGUAUAUUUACUAGAUGAGUGGUUUUACAGUGUCAUUGCUCCUGGAGAUACUGUCAAUGUUAUUGGUGAAUUUGAUAACCAAGGACAGUGCCAAGUGGAUCGUCACAAUAAUUUUAUAAUUGUUCAUCCGGAUGUUUUGGUGUCCGGAACUAGGGUUACAGCUAGCUUCGUUUGCCCGAGGCGAACUGUUCUGGAUGAAAGACUAAAAUCCAAUGAGCAUUCAACUGCAGCACUAAGUGGUACAGUGUUGCACUAAGUUUUUGAGGAUUGAAAACUACCCUAUGACCUUGUAAACCUUUUAAUGUAUUAGGAUAUUG